CCCGGAGCACUGAGCUCCAGCACCGAGCGAGCGCGCACGCACGCACGCACGCACGCGGCAAGGCGCGAAGGCUCCGAGCACCCACGCCAUGAAGGAAGAAGCCUUUCUCCGGCGGCGUUUCUCGCUGUGUCCCCCCACCUCCACCCCGCAGAAGACAGACCCCCGGAAGCUCACGCGGAACCUGCUCCUCGGCUGUGAGCAUGAGCUCGCCCCCGUCAGCCCAGGAAAGGACAUGGAAUCCAAUGGGGUGUCACUGUCAAGGGAGGAAGAGCCCCUGACCCCGGGCUCCGUCACAAAGCCUCCCCCGGCAGAGUCCAGGGUGUGCAAUGGGUCCCACAAGGACUGUGAGCCCCCGACGGCCAGGGUCUCCAAGAAGAAGGCCCUGAAGGCACAGAAGGAGAGCUACCGGCAGGAGAAGAAGCGAGCCACGAAGCAGCUCUUCAGCGCCCUGACCGACCCCAGCGUGGUCAUCAUGGCCGACAGCCUGAAGAUCCGGGGGACCCUGAAGAGCUGGACGAAGCUGUGGUGCGUGCUGAAGCCGGGGGUCCUGCUCAUCUACAAGACCCCCAAGGUGGGCCAGUGGGUGGGCACCGUGCUGCUGCACUGCUGCGAGCUGCUCGAGCGCCCCUCCAAGAAGGAUGGCUUCUGCUUCAAGCUCUUCCACCCGCUCGACCAGUCGCUCUGGGCCGUGAAGGGCCCCAAAGGCGAGAGCGUGGGCUCCAUCACGCAGCCGCUGCCCAGCAGCUACCUGAUCUUCAGGGCCGCCUCCGAGUCAGACGGCCGCUGCUGGCUGGACGCCCUGGAGCUGGCCCUGCGCUGCUCCAGCCUGCUCCGACUGAGCUGCGAGCAGGGCCGCGAGGGGGAGCCGGGGUCCUCGCCCAGCGGCUCGCCCUCCUCCGUCUACGGGCCGCCCGCCCCGGGCGCCCUCCACCCCGAUCAGGACCUGCCCCCCCCGAACGGAUCUUCCCCGGAGAGCCCCCUGGAGAACGACGCGUUCUCAGACAGGUCCGAGCGAGAGAAUGCCGACGACUCGGACACAGAGACGCCGGAGCACAGCCGCAAGACCCCCGAGAGCGGGAGCGAGCCGCCCGAGAGCCCCGGGGGGCUGCCGAGGGGGACCACCUACGUGGAGCAGGCUCGGGAGGAGCUGGGCGAGCUCGGGGAGGCGUCCCAGGUGGAGACCGUGUCGGAGGAAAACAAGAACCUGCUGUGGGUGCUGCUGCGGCAGCUGCGGCCCGGCAUGGACCUGUCCCGCGUGGCGCUGCCCACAUUCGUGCUGGAGCCGCGCUCCUUCCUCAACAAGCUGUCGGACUACUACUACCACGUCGACCUGCUCUCCAGGGCAGCCAUGGAGGAGGACGCCUACCGCCGCAUGAAGCUCGUGCUCAGAUGGUACCUGUCCGGCUUCUACAAGAAGCCCAAGGGGAUCAAGAAGCCCUACAACCCCAUCCUGGGGGAGACCUUCCGCUGCUGCUGGCACCACCCGCAGACCAACAGCCACACCUUCUACAUAGCAGAGCAGGUGUCCCACCACCCGCCUGUGUCUGCCUUCCAUGUCAGCAACCGCAAGGAUGGGUUCUGCAUCAGUGGCAGCAUCACCGCCAAGUCCAGGUUCUAUGGGAACUCGCUGUCAGCCCUCCUGGACGGCCAGGCCACGCUCACGUUCCUGCAGCGUGAGGAGGUGUACACGCUCACCAUGCCCUACGCCCACUGCAGAGGGAUCCUGUACGGAACCAUGUCGCUGGAGCUGGGGGGGAAGGUGACCAUCGCGUGUGAGAAGAACAACCUCCAGGCCGAGCUGGAGUUCAAGCUCAAGCCUUUCUUCGGGGGCAGCGGCAGCAUCAACCAGGUGUCGGGGACGGUGACGUCGGGGGAGGAGGUCCUGGCGCGGCUCAGCGGACACUGGGACCGAGACGUGUUCCUCGCGGAGGAAGGCGGCGGGGGCAGCGAGCUCUUCUGGAGCCCGAGCGAGGAGGUCCGCGCGCAGCGGCUGACGCGGCGCACGGUGCUGCUGGAGGAGCAGAGUGAGCUGGAGUCGGAGAGGCUCUGGCAGCACGUGUCCAGGGCCAUCCGGGAGGGCGACCAGCACAGGGCCACGCAGGAGAAGACGGCGCUGGAGGAGGCGCAGCGGCGGCGCGCGCGCGAACGCCAGCAGAGCCUCACGCCCUGGAAACCGCAGCUGUUCCGCCUGGACCCGCUCACCCGGGAGUGGCGCUACCGCUACGAGAACCACCGCCCUUGGGACCCCCUGAAGGACAUCGCUCAAUUUGAGAAGGACGGAGUCCUGCACACCCAGAGGCGGGAGACCAUGGCCCGCCAGGCCAGCCUCCUGGGCAGCCCGGGACCUGGGCGCGAGAGGCCGGGCCCGGAGCGGAGGACCCGCAAGGCGAGCGACCAGCCAUCGGGACACAGCCAGGCCACCGAGAGCAGCGGCUCCACGCCGGAGUCCUGCCCGGACCUGUCAGACGAGGACGGGGACUUCGCUCCUGGCAGUGAGAGCCCGUGCCCCGGCUGCAGGAAGGAGGCGCAGCGGCUGCGGGCCCUGCAGGAGGCCGUGCUGUCCAUCCGGGAGGCCCAGCAGGAGCUGCACAGGCACCUCUCGGCCAUCGUGGGCGGCGUGGUCCGCGGCAGACAGGGCCCAGCCCCGGGCCUCCUGCACAGCCCCCGCGCCUGGUUCCUGCUCUGUGUGUUCCUGUCCUGCCAGCUCCUCAUCAACUGCGUCCUGAAAUAGGAGCGCGGGGGACUGGGGACGGGCCCAGCGCAGAUCGGCCUCCCCGCACCCAGCACUUCAUGCCGGACCCUCGGGGCGGAGGGGCGUGCGGGAGGAGGGG